CACUGGACUAAUUGCAGGGCUAGUUUCCGCGGGUAUGUUCGUACUAUUUGCCAUAGCCACAUGGCUCGGCUACCGCCAAUAUCGGCAAAGGAAGAGUAUAUCAUCUAAAGAUGCAGACAUCCCUCUCGAAGACAUGGACACCGAGUUUCAAAGAGGGGCGGGGCCUCGGAGAUUCAGGUAUAGCGAGUUGUUGCGGGCGACACGAAGAUUCUCUGACGAGGAGAAGCUCGGCGAGGGCGGGUUCGGGGCAGUCUAUCGAGGGUUAUUGCGUGACGAGGGGCUCCAGGUGGCUAUCAAGAGAGUCUCCAAGACGUCGAGUCAGGGGAGGAGGGAGUACAUCGCAGAAGUGACCAUCAUCGGCCGGCUGAGGCAUCGCAACCUUGUCCAGCUCAUCGGGUGGUGCCAUAAAGCCGACGAGCUCCUCCUUGUCUACGAGCUCAUGACGAAUGAUAGUCUUGAUGUCCAUCUGUACAAUUCAGAGAAAAUCCUAACGUGGGCAAUCAGACACAAGAUCAUUCUUGGCAUUGGGUCUGCACUGAUGUACCUGCAUCAAGAGUGGGAGCAGUGUGUGGUGCACCGGGACAUCAAGCCCAGCAAUGUGAUGCUCGACUCGUUGUUCAACGCCAAGCUGGGGGACUUUGGCCUCGCGCGCCUCGUCGACCAUAGCCGGGACGCACACACGACAGCGGUGAUUGCUGGCACCAGGGGCUACAUGGACCCUAUGUAUGCGGUGAGCAGCAGGGCUAGCGCCGAGACCGAUGUAUACAGCUUCGGGGUCGUCCUCCUCGAGGUAGCCUGCGGCAGGAGGCCCGUCGUCCAGCAGGAGGACGAGAGCAGGGUCCUGAUUGUCGAUUGGGUCUGGGAGCUGUACGGGACGGGGAAGCUCCUGGAUGCUGCAGAUGCGAGGCUUGACGGUGAGUUCGACGCGUGUGAGGUGGAGCGUGUGAUGGUCGUCGGUUUAUGGUGCGUGCACCCGGACUACGGCUGCAGGCCAUCCAUCCGGCAAGCCAUGAGCGUGCUCCAGCUCGAGGCGCCGCUUCCGAACCUCCCGCUGGAGAUGCCAGUGGCUAUAUAUGUGGCCCCGGGUGGAGGAUAUGGGUCAAGCUACACGUCCCUGAAUGGAAGCUACAACACCAGCGGACAGUCGUCGGCAAGUGACCGGACAGUGAAGAGCCAUUCUUUUGCCGCUACCGGCACGAGGAGCGAGAGCGACGUCACCAAGCUGAUGAAUCAGGCCACCGGCACGACCGAGCAUGUUCAGUUUACGAACUACACUUCCUAGCAUGUAUGUGACUUAAUUCUUAUCUCUAGGAACUACUCCCUCUGUU